AUGACUUGGCCCAAGUGUAAUUCCACUGAGGAGGAUAUCACCAUCCAUGAGGUUAACCUCUGGGAUGGUGGCAUCACUUUCCACGAGCUAUGUUGGAUUCUCUGUGCCAUCUUUACAGUACUGGCUUUCAUCCUCGCCAGUAUUAUUAUGGUCGGCCAUGCCACUCACUAUAGCAAUCCCAAUGAACAGCGAUACAUCAUCCGUAUCCUAUUUAUGAUUCCGGUCUACGCCAUCGCUUCAUUUCUCUGUGUCUACUAUUAUAGGCACUCUGUAUACUUUGAGCUGAUUGGUUAUUGUUAUGAGCCAUUUGCGAUUGCCUCCUUUUUCACUCUGCUUUGCUCUUACAUUGCACCCGAUCUCCACACCCAGAAGGAGUAUUUCCGUGGUAUCGAGCCACUGAACUGGGUCUGGCCCAUGAACUGGAUGCAAAAAUGCUUCUGUGGAAACCGCGAUAAAGGCAAGCUGCGGAGGCCGCGCAGCGGACUCACUUGGUUCAAUGUCAUUUGGAUUGGUGUCUUCCAAUACUGCAUCUUGCGAGUGAUUAUGACAGUCAUAGCUGUUGCAGCUCAGGCUGACAACCGCUACUGCGAAGAUUCAGAUAGCCCAUACUAUGCCCAUGUUUGGAUCCUGGUUAUCGAGUCAAUUGCUGUCACCAUUGCUAUGUACUGCUUGAUCCAGUUUUAUAUCCAGAUCAAGAACGACAUCGCGCAUCAAAGGCCGUUCCUCAAGAUUCUCUGUAUCAAACUUGUGAUUUUCCUUUCCUUCUGGCAAUCGACAAUCAUCGACUACCUGACCUCAUCUGGAACGAUUAAAUCAUCUGCCAAAGUCCAGCUUCUCGACUGGAAUAAUGGGCUACCUAAUCUUCUUAUCUGCAUUGAAAUGUUUCUCUUCGCCAUUUUGCACUUCUGGGGCUUCCCCUGGGGUCCUUACGUACUCAACAAGGGCGAUAUUAUGAGCAACGGUUCAGAUCAGCGCUACUAUGGUGGUUUCUUGGGCAUGAAGGCUUUCCUCGAUGCCAUGAAUCCAUGGGAUCUUAUCAAGGCCACUGCACGUGGCUUCCGUUGGCUAUUUGUUGGUCGAAAGCACCGUGAGGCUGAUCCUAGUUACGAGCUGCCAAAGCGUGGACCUAGCGAUGGGUCUGAAGUUUCACCGUUGACUUGA